CUGGGCACGGCAGCACAACGGCACCAUGAAGUGGGGCAUCGUGUUCCUGCUGGUGGGUCUCCUCGCCCUCUGGGCCGGGCUGCAGCCUGUGUCUGGCCAGGCCUUUCAAGGGAAGCCCGGGAGGUGCCCUUCUGACAGCAUCAAGUGCAUCCGCUUUGAGCAGGACCGCUGCCGCCACGACGGGGAGUGCUGGGGACGGCAGAAGUGCUGCUACUCACGAUGUGCCCGGCGCUGCAUGGAGCCUCUGCCAGACGGCCAGCACCCGGGCCAGGGCAGGUGCCCCCAAGUCCAGCAGAUCGGGAGCUGUGAGGACCGGUGUGGCAUCAAGAGGGCCUGUCCCAGAGGCUUUGAGUGCUGCUUCAACGGCUGCGGCCGCGAAUGCAUGAGGGUCGUACACACAGAGCAGCCCCGAGAGUGACCCCGCGCGGGAGCCGGGCCACGGGACAGCCUGUCGUGUGGCUCCAGGCACCGAUGGGGCACGUGGCCCCCAGCACCGGGGCUCUGCUUCCCGCACCUCCGAUAGGAGCUCCUUCCUCCAUGCAAUAAAGACCCCGCUUUGCGGCUUCCAGCAUC